UCGUUAGUUUUUGCCUUAUGGUCGUCAAUGUUGAGAGUUGUGAAAAGAAUCACAUUCAUUAAACAGUAUUGAACUCAGUCGAAAAUUUAUGCAUUUACUGCUAUCUAGUUUAAGAUGAUUGUUUGAUUGAAAUCAAAUAUUUAAAUAUAAUGGAGGGCCCACUGGAAGUAAAGGAUUCUACUUCUACUACUGCAGAACCAAUCAAGUCAGAAGGAAUUGUACAAAACUCGGAUAACAAUGAACGAAGCGAAGAAGCAGCUUCUCCGCCUCCUAAUUGCAGUAUCUGUCUUGGAAAACUAAUCAACACAUCAUUUACAGACAGUUGUUUACAUCAGUUUUGUUUUAAUUGUUUAUUACAAUGGUCUAAAAUAAAAACAGAAUGUCCAUUAUGCAAACAAACCUUUAAAUCAAUUAUUCAUAAUGUAAGAUCAGAAGAAGAUUAUGAUCAAUAUCAUGUACCACGCGAAUUUGCAACUCAAAUUCCACAACCUCCAGUCAUGACAAUUCAGCAUUUGGAUGAUGAUUUUGAAGAUGCAAAUUGGGUUAUCAACCAACGUCGUUGCAUCUAUGGAACAACAAUGGCUGAUAAUCGUCGUCGUGUUAUCCAAAAUGCUGAACAGGCUACAAGAGAACAUUUACUCGCUUUGCUAUCAGAUGAUCCAAGAGAAGAACACAGGACCAGACGCAUAAACCCUACUUUACGUCGUGCUAUAUACACACAUGGAAUAUGGGCUACUUCAUUACCUGGACGUUUUCAAGAAUGUAGUGCUGAUUAUUACCGGAGAUUUCCAAGAGAAUUGGAUCGUCUUAUUCCAUGGUUAAACAGAGAAUUACAAAUACUUAUUAAUAAUAGACCAGGACAUAUUCCAUAUGUUUUAAGAAUUAUUAUGAAUGCAUUAACACUUCAUGAUAUUAGAAGUCUUCAGUUUCAAAAUAUUGUGCGGCCAUUUUUUGGUGUACAUACUGAACAUUUCAUACACGAAUUAUUUAAUUUUGCAGGAACUAAUUAUGAUAUAGGUGCAUAUGACCAAGCUGUUACUUAUUUAUAUCAAGGUUUAUCAAGAGAAUACGUUCCACAUGUUGUUUCACCUGUAUCUAGUAGCAGUAGUAGUUCUUCCGAUGAUUCAGAUAUUCAUGUACUUGAUGAAGCAAUUGAUUUACGUGUGAAUACUGAAAUGCCUGGUGUAAUACCACUUCCAGUUAAUAUGCCUGGACCUAGUACUGUUGCACAAGCUUUUCCUAUGGAAAUACCAUAUAAUGUACCAGAUGUUUUAACAAUAUCAUCUGGAUCUUCGGAUGAUGAAUGUGAAGUUAUUUGUUAUGUCAAGCCUCGUCAUGAAAGAACACCUGAAAUUAUAGAAUUAGACUCUUCUGAUCCUGAGGACACAAAUACAGCUUAUGUAUCUAACGAUAAUGCAGAGUCUGUGCGAACUUCUCUUAAGGAGGAUGUUCCUCAAGCUAGUACAUCAUUUAAUUCUAAGAAAGGAUUACCUAUUAAGGUGAAUAGUGAAAUCUUUAGGACAAGUAUUUCAGAAAGCUCUUCUUCUUCAAGCGAUAAUUCGUCAGAUAGUGAUUACAAUCCUAGAAGAAGCAGAAAAUGUCGAGGUCAUGCAAAGAAAUCGCCGAAGAAAAAGAUUAAUAAUAAAAAGCGUAAACAUAAUAAUGCCAAAAACCGUAAAAGAGCGGACAGAAGUGUAUCAAGUGUAUCAUCAGGUGAAAGUGAUUUCAGAAAUAAAAGUAGUAGAAGAUGCAGUCAACAUGGAAAAAUAAAACAAAGUAGUUCUAGCGAAUCCAGUUUGGAAGAAGAUAGAAAGAAGAAAUUGAAUGAAACAAAAUCAAGAAAAGAAACCAGUUCAAUUAAAGCUACGGUAAAAGUGCGUAGGGAUUUAAUCAAAAAAGAAGUAAAAUACGAGGAAAAUAAUAUCGUUAAUAACAAUAGUAGUAGUAGUAGUAGUAGCAGUACUAGUAGCAGUAGCAGUAGCUGUUGCAGCAGUACCGGUACUACUAGUACUAGCAGUAGUAGUAGUACUAGCAGCAGUGAGACAUCCAAUGAAAGUCAAGAAGCUCGAAAAUAUGAACUUCUUAAACAAAAGUCAAGAACUAAAGAUGCUAAUUGUCCUAUAUGGGUUUUAAAAUAUGAUGCUGAUAAAACUGAAAAAGAAAACAAAAAUAAAGAUAAAUCACGAUUAACGAUUAAUACAAUAACAUCAUUAGAUGAUUCUAGUCGAAAGAACUACAAAUACAAAGAAAAUAAACGAUCUAGAACCAGGAGUACCAGCGAAUCUCCUCAUAUGCGGAAAAAAAGCAAACGAUCUACCCGUAAAAAAUGGCAAGUUCAUAAAUGUAAGAAUGAAUACGAAAGUGAAGAUACAGAUAAAUUAUUAGACGCAAUAUUCUUAAAAAGAGAAAGUAGUACACGUUCCAAUAGUCAAAUUAGCAAUUAUUCAGAUAGUCCAUACAACAAAUAUAAAAGAAGAUCUAAACAUUCAUGUAAAGAUAAAAAGACAAGACGUUCUCGUAGUAAGUCUCGUAGCAGAUCUCGUAAUAGGUCUCAUAGCAAAUCUCGUAGCAAAUCUCGUAGCAAAUCUCGUAGCAAAUCUCGUAGCAGAUCUCGUAGCAGAUCUAGCAGAUCUUCUAGCAGGCCUCGUAGCAAAUCUCGUAGCAGGUCUCGUAGCAGGUCUCAUAGCAGAUCUCAUAGCAGAUCUCGUAGCAGAACUCGUAGCAGAUCUCGUAGCAGAUCUCGUAGCAGUUUUCGUAGCAGAUCUUCCGCCUCUAAUUCGAGUUUAACAAAUUCAAUAAUAUCAUUUAAAAGUGAAACAUGUUCAAUAUCGAAACAUUCCGAUUCUAAAAAUAGUUUAUGCAACAAAAAGAAACGUAGAUCACACAAAAGUCAUAAAAAAUCAAAAUAUCGAAGAUCUCGAUCAAAAACAAGAUCUAAAAGAGAAUCGUCAAAUCGUAUUGUGAGGUGCUCAUAUAGCUCUAACACGGACUAAUUUUUUCCAUAAAACUUAUUAAUAUCUUUCCGAGUAUAAAUAAGGUUUUUUUAUCACACUAUUAUAAUGUACAUCACGAAAUAUGUUUUAUUAUUUAAAUUUUAUCUUGCUAUGACAAUUGUUUAUAUUGCUACAGUUUUGAAAUAUGUUAAUUAAUUAAAUGAGAAAAUGUUGAAAAUAACAAAAAAUUAUUUUUUAUUAUUCAUCGGAAAACAUUUUCCGUUCACUCCUGUACUUGUUGGCUAAUUAGUUCCUUGUCAAGAAACAUUUUUAUAAAUUUGUCUAAAUUUUCUUAUAAAUGUAUAAAGUUUUACUCUUCUGGUUAUCCGAAAAGUUCGUGACGAUUUAAAAAAAUAUAUAAAAUAAACAUUCUUAUAUUUCGAUAUUAAUAUAUCGAGUAUAUAUUUAUAAAUUAAUACGAACUUCCCGAUUUAUUAAUGAAGUAAUCCCUCGAAUUGCUGAUAGACGCAUUUCUUUUAUACAUUAUUAAUCACUAUUAUUAUAUUAAUGUAAUAAUCUUAUACGAUUUAUAACUAUGAUUUAAAGAUAUUUAUGAAUAUUAUGUAAAAUAAAAAACAUGUCAUUUAUAUAUAAGGAUAUUUAUAAAAAUUAACAAAAGCAAAAUGUACUGAUAUAUUAGUCGAUUAUAAGUAUAUGUUAGAACUUAUGUAAUAAAGUAUAAUUAUAGAAUUAUACAAUAGUAAACGAAAAAUUCAAAUAUUAUUGUUCUAUACUAUCAAUAGAAAAUUUUAAACGAAAUAUAUAUCGCAAUAUGAUUCACAAUGAAAUAAUAUAGCAUUUAUAAUAAAUACUAUUUGCAAAUUUCUUUAAUGAUUAUUUUUUAAUACAGUUAUUAAGAGAAAAAAAUAUAUUAAUAAAUAUAAUAAUGCACAAGUUGCAUAAAUGUAAAUGCAUGAAUACAAAAUUAUAAAUAGAAUAAUACAAAAAUACACAUAAUAUUAUUGACAAUGUUACAAUGAAAAUAACCUUUGGAAAUUCCAUUCUUUAUUCAAACAAAGUUAUUCCUUAUUUACAAUUCUUAAAUAAUAAUAUUAUUAAGUUAAUUAACACAAGAAGAACGUGUUUUCAUACUAAAAUAUGAUACUAACUAAAAUAAUGUAUAUAAGUUUUGCAUAUCUCUUUUACAAAAGUUAAUGAGGGAAAAAGAAGAAAAUAUAAAAAAAUUGAGGCAAAUGAACAUAAUAAGUUUGAAUAAUAUUUAUCAAUUUUUAUGCGAAAAAAAAAGAAAUAAAAUUGAUAAAAUACAUAUAUAAAUUAAAUAUAUUCAUAAAACAGGUCAGAAUAGAAAAUUAUUUGAUUUAAUCAUUUUUGAUAUUUAAUUAUUUCAUUAAAAAAUCAAUGAUUAAAGUUGUCCUUAUGCUAUAUGAUUAAAUUCUAUAUGUACAAUAUUUUCUAAAAUUACUUUCAUAUUUAUAAUCUUAUAUUAAAAAUAAGUUAUCAUGUGUGUGUAUUGCUUUAUACGAAAAAAUCUAAAUACUGUUCUCCUACAACGUGAUUCCCAAAGAAAUAAGCAUAUAUACAAUUUCAUCUUGUAUGCGAAUAAUGUAAUGAAUACAUAUGUAAAUGAUAAAGACACAACUAUAUGAAUUUUGCGAGUGAUAAUUUUUAUAUUAGAUUUAAUUUUAUUAUUUAUGAUUAUAAGAAUAAUGAAAACAAAAAUAGAAAAAAAAACAAAAUGUUUUAUAAUUAGAGUAGAUAAUAACUAUGAACUCACGCUGCUGUCAUGUAUUAUGUAUAUAUAUAAUGCAAUUUCUUUGUAACAAAAAGAUUAUCUUUUUCUUUAUAAAUUAAAUAAAGUAUGAAAACCAA